UGUGUUUGCAGUAAUGGGUAAAGCAGAAGGCUCCGUGGCCAGGGAGGAAUGGCACGGACAUGUUACUGCCCUCUCUGUCGCACCCGAGUUUCGCCGGCUGGGCUUGGCUGCUAAGUUGAUGGAACUGCUGGAAGAAAUCUCAGAAAAAAAGGGUGGAUUUUUCGUGGAUCUCUUUGUGAGAGUCUCAAAUCAAGUAGCUGUAAAUAUGUAUAAGCAACUAGGCUACAGCGUAUACCGGACGGUGUUGGAGUACUACUCUGCCAGCAACGGAGAGCCCGAUGAAGAUGCGUAUG